CCGGCGCCUACUUUUGGGACCCAUCCGGCAGGUGUGCGGGCGGCCCAGGCUUGGUUUUCUAUGAGAUGAUCUACUUUAAUACUGCUGGAAUUAAGAUGUCUUCAGUCCUUUCCUCCAAUCCAGAAGAUUUUGUUCUCUUCAUAUAGAAUAGGAGUCAUGUUGGUCAACAUGCUGGUACUUAAAACUGAAGAUUGUAAAAGCUGUUUAACUUAAGCUCUAUGCUGAAGUAAAAUUGUCUUGGAAAUACUAAGUUGGGAUAACCUGAAUCUGUUUCUGGAACCAUGAAAAUUUUGCUGGUUUUUGACUUUGACAAUACAAUCAUAGAUGACAAUAGUGAUACCUGGAUUGUACAGUGUGCUCCAGAGAAAAAACUUCCUAUUGAACUACAAGAGUCUUAUAAAAAAGGAUUUUGGACAGAAUUUAUGGGCAGAGUCUUUAAAUAUUUGGGAGAUGAAGGUGUAAGAGAAGAUGAAAUGAAAAGAGCAGUGACAUCAAUGCCUUUCACUCAAGGGAUGGUGGAACUUCUAAGCUUUAUAAGAAAGAAUAAGGAUAAAUUUGACUGCAUCAUUAUUUCAGAUUCAAAUUCAGUCUUCAUAGACUGGUUUUUAGAAGCUACCAAAUUUCAUGAUGUAUUUGAUAAAGUAUUUACAAAUCCAGCAGCUUUUAAUAGCAGUGGUUAUCUCACUGUUGAAAACUAUCAUACCCAUUCUUGUGGUAGGUGCCCAAGGAAUCUUUGCAAAAAUGUAGUUUUGCUAGAUUUUGUCCAUGAACAAUUGCAGCAGGAAGUGAAUUAUACACAAGUUGUAUAUAUAGGUGAUGGUGGAAAUGAUGUUUGUCCAGUAACCUUCUUAAAGAAAAAUGAUGUUGCCAUGGCACGGAAAGGAUACACAUUACAGAAAACUCUUACCAGAAUGUCUCAAAAUCUUGAGCCUGUGGAACCUUCUGUUGUAAUUUGGUCUUCAGGUAUUGAAAUAAUUUCUCAUUUGCAACUUCUAAUAAAGGAAUAAUAUGCCA